AUGCACAAGAACUUAUGUAUAGCGUUGUCAUUGACGGUCUGUUGUUACUGGGCUGAAUCAUCGCCGGUCAACCUGGGCACAUUGGAAUUCGACAAUCUAGACACUGACCUUUCCAAUUUGAAAUACGAAGUCGAAGAGGAGGAUUUAGAUGAUUUCUCUAAACUUCUAGAUGAAGCUGACGAUUCUAAAAGCGUAAACGAUAAAUCUAAUACUAAUGUAAAAACCAACGGUUUUAAAAAGAAGAAUACUGCCAGUAAAGGAGUGAAAGCUAAACAUAAUGUGCAGGAUUUAAAGAAAUUUUAUAAAGCUACUAGAGCACAUGAUGACGGAGACUACGAUGACGAUGAUGUAUACGCUAUAGCUCAAGCGUUGGCUGGAACAGCUAUUGGAAUAAAAGGAAAUGAAACUCGAAAAUAUAGGAAAGGUACGAAAACACGAGGCUUCCAUCGAGUUCACCAUAAAGAUGAGUACAAGAAAGAUAAAGAAUUUUAUGAAGACGAUGAGACUAAUGGUGCCAUUAAAAAAGUAGACGCGAAAGCGCGAGGAUACAAAAUUGGAGCUGGUGCAGGAUUUCAUAAGGGCCACUUCCAUCAUGAUCGUCGGAAGGGAUUAUAUGGCAAAGAGGGAUAUGCCGAUAAAGGAUUUUUUGAUAAAGAGUUUCGUGGUUUUUCCGAUUCCGAGGGAUUUGAUGGAUCCUUUAAUAAUGAAAGUUGA